AUGAAUAAUGAAACUACAAUUGAAUUUGCAAAAAAAGCUCGAGAAGCAGCAACUAAACUUCAAUAUGUCUCAAUUGAAGAAAAAAGUAUUGCGCUAAAUAAAAUUAAAGAAAAAAUAUUUGAACAUAAACAAGAAAUUUUCGAAUCUAAUGAACAUGACAAACUAAAUGCAGCAGAACUUGUAAAGACUGGUGCACUUCCACAGUCAUUAGUUAAACGUUUAGAUAUCACAAGUGGAGAUAAGUUUAUUACUAUGUUACAAGGAGUAUCUGAUAUUGAUAAAUUGCCUGAUCCAACCGGACAAAUCACAUAUUCCAGUAAACUUGACGAAGGAUUAGAAUUGUAUCGAGUAACUUGUCCUGUUGGAGUUUUAUUGGUGAUAUUUGAAGCAAGACCCGAAGUUAUUGUUAAUAUUUCAGCAUUAUCAAUAAAAUCAGGCAAUGCUGUGAUAUUAAAAGGAGGAAAAGAAUCAAUUGCUACAUUAAAUGCGCUGUAUUCAUCAAUUAAAUUAGCUUUAUCAGAAACAGCAAUUCCACAAAGUGUCAUUCAACUUGUUGAAACGCGAGAAGAAAUUAAAGCAUUAUUAGAUUUAGAUAGAUAUAUCGAUUUGGUGAUUCCACGUGGAAGUAACAGUUUAGUGAGAUAUAUACAAGAGAAUACAAGGAUUCCUGUUUUAGGACAUGCUGAUGGAUUAUGCACUGUGUAUGUUGAUAAAGAUUCAGACCUUAAGAAAGCAAUACGUGUUGUCAUUGAUUCCAAAAUAAAUUAUCCUGCAGCUUGUAAUGCAGCCGAAACUCUUUUGAUACACCGUGGAAUUCUUUCUACACAUCUUCAACCUAUAAUAAAUGCGUUAUUGGAAGCUAAUGUUAAAUUACAUCUUGAUCAUGAACUAUUACCAUAUGUCUCACACAUCAACAACAACUCAUUGAUAGAAGUGAGUGUACCAGAGGAUUUUGACACUGAAUUUUUGAAUCUUGAAAUUGCCGUUAAAGUUGUAAAUGGAUUGGAAGAAGCAAUCCAACACAUCAAUAUACAUGGUAGCAAACAUACUGAUUCAAUAGUCACAGAAAAUGAGACGGCAGCAAAAAAAUUCAUGCAAGGUGUUGAUUCGGCUGGUGUUUAUUGGAAUGCCAGUACAAGGUUUGCCGAUGGAUUUAGAUACGGGUUUGGCGCAGAAGUUGGAGUAAGUACAAACAAGACGCAUGCACGUGGACCAGUUGGACUUGAAGGUUUGGUAAUAUACAAGUAUAAAUUGUGUGGUAAUGGACAUAUUGUAGGAGAAUUUGCUAAUCCUACGUAUUCAGCAGAUACAGUUUUUUUAUCGUCACCCGUUCCUCUAAAAGCAUUAAAAACCAAACCUACAAUUACAACUUGUCCGCAUUGUAAAGCAAUUGUGUUAAGUCGUACCAAGUUCAAGUCAGGUUCAGCUACUUUGUUAAGUGUUUCUAUAGAGUACGAUAAUUCAAGUAACGAUAGUAGCGAUUCUUUUCAAGCUACUGUUCCACUUCUUCCAAGCAAGUCAAAUUAUUGUGGCUCAAGUGAUGAUAAAAAAAGGUAUCAAAUGGAAAAAUCUUCAAAGCAUAGUGCCAGAAAAUUAUGGAUAGCAAUAGUGAUAGCGUGUCUCUUUUUUACCAUUGAACUUAUUGGUGGUUGGAUUGCUGGAAGUUUGGCUUUAUUAAGCGACUCAUUUCAUUUAUUGAGUGAUGUGGUUAGCUUUGCUAUUUCUCUUUUAUCUAUAUAUCUUGCUCGAAGACCUGCUACAAAUUCACUUUCAUAUGGUUAUCAUCGUGCAGAAAUUCUAGGAGCAUUAAUAUCUAUAAUUAUUAUAUGGCUUCUUACUGGAUGGCUGUGUGUUGAAGCUUAUUAUAGAAUACAAUUUCCAACACCUGUUGAUGGAAAAACAAUGAGUUUUGUUGCUGCAAUUGGUGUUGUAGUUAAUAUUGUAUUAAUACUUAUUUUGGGACAUGAACAUCAUGGAAAUGACGAUGCUCACCAUAAACAUCAUCAUAGUGGUGAUAAUGUUAAUGUCCAUGCAGCGUUGCUUCAUGUUUUGGGUGAUUUGUUAUCAUCAUUGGGUGUUUUAAUUUCAUCGAUAGUCAUUAUUUUUGACGAGACAAAAGUCUGGGUUGAUCCCUUAUGUACUUUUGCAUUUUCUAUUCUUGUAUUAGCAACAACUUUCGGUAUAUUUAAAAAUGGGAUUAGGAUUUUGAUGGAAGCUACUCCAUCCCACAUCGAUUCUGAUGCUAUCAGAAUGGAUUUGGAAGCUAUUGAUGGAGUGAAAAGUGUACAUGAUCUACAUAUAUGGGAUUUGACUGUUGGAAGAACAACACUUACGGCACAUCUUUGUCGUGAAUACAAGACUGAUAAUCAGGCUGAAGCAUCUUCAAAUUCUUCAAUUUUAACAAAAGCUUUAAAUAUGUUGAAUGAUAAAUACCAUAUUUCACAAGUAACAAUUCAGAUCGAUCCAUAA